AAAUAUGACGUUAAGACAGGAGAUAUUGUUUUAAAUGGUAACGAGCUCGAAAUUGAUGGGUUAAUCGAAGACGUUUCAAACCUUGUAGUUAAAAAAUCUAUCAGUGAUAAAACGUACGCUGCCGCUAGUUCAAACAAUUUACAUUUUACGGGACAAGAUUUACUAGAAACUCGUCAUAAUGAUUCUGUUCACCUUUCUAGUUCGACUAUUCUCGAUGACAUCAUAGAAAGUUUUGCAAAAAUUGCAAGAUAUUGGAUUGGUUCCAAGGAUGGUCGUUUGUGACCAAGGAAGCAACAACCGAAAAGCGCUGGCAUCCCUGGGAGCUUCAAAAGAUAACGUUAAAAUUUUUAUAAAUGGAAUGGAGAUAUAUACAUGUUUUGAUACACCCCAUUUAAUUAAAAGCUUGAGGAACAAUUUUAUGAAUACAAAAUUAAAAAUUGUCGUAGACGGUAAUGAAGUAUCUUGGCACGAUUUUGUCGAUACUUAUAAAAUCGAUCAUAAAAGCAAUGUAACGAGAGCAAUGCUAAAAAUUACAGAUACGCACGUAAAUCCAACAACCUUUCAAAAAAUGAAAGUGAAGUAUGCCGUGCAGGUGUUUAGCCACUCGGUAGCAGCUGCAAUUGCAACAUGUGCCGAAACUGGAGAGGUUCGAUCAAGAACUGCAAAGAAUACGGCUUCAUUUUUAAAAUACAUCAACGACACAUUUGACUGCUUGAAUAGUCGGGUUGUUAAAGCAGCAAAUCCGUAUAAUUGCGGAUUAUCAACUUACAACACCUUCACAACAACAAGGUUAGCCGAAGCAUUGCAGUACUUCCAAAAAAUUGAAAUUUUUGAAAACGGGCGGGCGAGAAACAACAUUUACUGUAUAGAAGGGUUUCAGUGGACCAUUAGAGCAAUUCUGGGUUUGUGGGACUCCCUUGUAAAAGACGACUACAAAUACAUGCUGACGUCACGAAUCAAUCAAGAUCCAUUAGAAAACUUUUUUUCAGUGAUAAGAAAUAGAAAUGGCUACAAUGCUCAACCAACUGUAAAGCAGUUUCGUAUAGCUUUACAACACAACAUGCAUAUUCGUCUACAAGCCCCAGUGGACGGAGCAAAUUGUGAAGUAGAUGCAGACGACAUCUUGGAAUUGUAUGACAACCACGACCAUCCAAAUAAUUCUACUAGCAAAGAUUAUCAAAGGGAGGUAUACACUAGUUGUAAUGACAAUGAUUUAGAAGUUGAAUACGAUUGCGAUUAAGACGACGACGAACAAAGAGCGGUAGAGGUAACUCAUUUGGAAAGUACGAGAAAAACCGGCGUAACAUUAGAAGAUUGUACAAAUGUGUAUGUAGCUGGUUACCUAUAUUUUAAGCUAUCAAAGAAAUUCGAUUGUAAAAAAUGCAAAAA